AUGACACGGUUUGCUUUGGGAGCAUCUGGGUCUGGAGAUGAAACAUUCUCAGUGUUUAUCAGUGACAGGACACUUUUAAAACAAGACCUACCAAUCCUGGAGGAAUUUCGGAGGAAAAAAGCAAAAAUGUAUGUGGUGUCAAAAACUUUGGAACUGAUCGAUUAUACUAAGUUGAAUGCCAAAAAUGAUGUGAAGGUGUCAGCAGAACUUUCCACUGCUCCAAACUCUUCUGUCAAGGUUCAAGGCCAGAUAAGCACUGACAAAAAGACAAACAAGCCAGUGCCUUUACAGCAGCCUGUGGUGGUGGCUUAUAAGAAGAAGCAACUGGUUAUUGAUGAGAACAGGAUUCUUCUCAUGGAUGAUAAAAAGAAGAGUACCUUUCAAGAUGUGGAAUCCGAAAUCGAGGACGUGGAACCUGAAAUCGAGAACGAUUUCAAGGAACUACAAGAAGAGAUAUCACGUCAAAUGAAGACACUAUCUCAGUUCUCAAAGAAUGUUCAGGUUGCUUUAUUCAAAAAUAUUUUGGCCAUGCUUGGGGACCAAAAGGCUCUUCAGGACCUUCUGGAUAUGAUGGAUCAAUUCCCCCAGGGGCAUUUGGAUGGCCCUGGUGAAAACAUUCUAAAUGAAUUGAGAAAGAAUUACCCAGGAAAUAAGUUGCAGCAUCUACUAUCCGGCAUCAUUUAUACCCUUGAAGCCAUAAUGGUGCUGAAUGAUAUCCAACACAACCUUCUGUCAUUGUCCAUGGAGAAGAAGAUCCUGUGCUAUCAGCGGGAAGUGAUAAGGAGUAUCUUGGAGCCCAACUUCACAUCUCCUAGUAGUAUUCCUUUUACAAUCAAAGAAGAGCUUCUUACUCCACUUCAGGGUGAUGGAGUGGAUGUCACAUAUGAUCUACUGAAGGACAGUGGCUUGAAGAUAAAUCUAAAUAGCAAUAAUAUAACCUGGGAUCUGGAAGCCAAGAUGCCACUGACUGCCCUGUAUGAGUGCCUCUCACUUCUUCAGGAACUGGCUGAAGCCUAA